AUUGUGGUAGAGGUUAUGUUAAUGUUAUGAUUAUGAUACAAAAUAAUGUAAAUGUUAUGGUUGUAGGAAUAAAAACAUAUCAUUGAAAAGAGGUAAAAUGUACAACCCAAACACCUGUACACGGCAACGUUGGGGCUAUCCCAAGGACGAAGAUAAAAAUCUUGUUGCAGCCUUCUUCCAUUUAUUUACAAUCCUGUUAAUAUGCACUUCUUUGAUUCAUUUAAACUGGUUUCGUAUAUGGGGAGGACACUGCACGCCAUACCUAGCUACCAAUCAGUUUUUUGAAUUUGGCGAAUUUUACGCAACAACACACAACCAAUAUCAUCUGAGAAGUGGAGGAAUUAUAACUUCACCCAGUGGUUAUGUAAUUCACUAUAACACUUCAUCUGAAUCUCUGGCCUGUGUCACUCCUGAUAUUGCAAAUCUGAUGCAUAUUUUGAUAAUCCUCUCUAUCCUGGCCAUACUCAGUUCAUCUGUAGGAUUUUGUUUGGAUAUGAUAGGACCAACAAAACAUCCUCUUAAAGUUUUGCGGAGGAAUGCCAUUCCAAGUAUUUCAACAGUAUUCAUCGUAAUCACUAUGAUUGGGACCAGCUACUUUGUCACGAGAUCUGUAGAAGAAUCAAUAUUAGAAAUGAAUAUUCUGACAGACAUGCAGAUUACUUAUGACUACGGUUGUUAUGUCAUUACAGCUGCAGGUUCAUUCUCCAUCCUUGCGACAGCGUGUAACUUGCUGCAGUUGCAGAGUACAGAGGUAGAGGAGGGCCCGAGACACUCCAGGUUGGUGGAGGACUGGGACGGACUAGAGACGUUCUCUGUGGGGAUGAACAAUCUACCCUUACCCCCUCCACCAUACACACCGUGACCAUGCCUUACUGCAUAGUAGCUUUAGAUCAAUAAUUAGAUUGCUAUCCCUAAAUUACCUAAAAGUAUUUGGUUUAUUUGUUUAAAUUUGAGUUUUAUCAUCAGGAGCACAGAGUAUUUAAAGGUUUAUUUAAUUGAUUUUCCAAUUUUCCUCCUAAAAUGUUCCUUUACAAUAGGUACUGUGUUUGACAAAUUACAAUAUUGGAUUACCAACAUAUUUUUGCUGGUUCAGCCGUUCAAACUAUAACUCCAUAACAGUUAGUUAAUCUCAUAAAAAGAAACCUCAAAUCUCUUUAUUUUGUGUUACCCGUAGUUAUUGUUGUCUUUUCAGCUUGGUCACCUCUUUAUUUUUGGCUUUAUCAAUAAGUCUGGUUCUUCAGUGAUUUUGAGACAAUGGUACCUAAUACCUUUAUGCAGCAUUAUCAAAGACCUUCCAGUCAAUUAAACCUUAAACCUAGUUUAAAAUUCACAUUUUAAAAUUUUUUACCUUCCAAUUUGGUAUUUAAAUAUUGUAUUUAGCGAAAGAAUAAUUCUUUAUCAUAGCUCAUUCAAAGAACCCAACAGUUAACAAAUAUGUAGUUUCUAUAGAACAUAUUUUUAUGUAAACAAGUGUUAAUAGGUACAACCAAUAUAAAGUUUGAAAUUUAAUGAGAAAUGUUCAAUAAUAUAAAUCUGUAAUGAAACAUAUUAUUUUUGCCAUCUAGGCCUAACAUGUACUUUACUGCUGCAAAUAGUUCUUUGACUGUUGUUAAUUUUUCACAACAUGCUUUCCACAGCUCAGGGUAUUUUGUGUCUAGAAUAUCACAUUGCUAAAUUUGACCAGUUGUUGUCCUGCUGAUUGCUGUGAAAAAAUAAUAAACUGAUAAUUAUACAAAAGGAAGAGGCAGAAGAACCAAUAAAACUUUGAUGUUUAUACAUUUAAAUAACUUCUUGAUCAGCAUUGUACGUGUUAUUAAAUUUACGGAAAGUAAAUAAAAGAAACGUCUUAUAACACUUAAAACAUAUAUUUACGCUUAUACUGCUACUCACAAGACGGUAAAUAUACAAAACAGAUGGUAAGUGGUGGUCGAUUUCGAUUGGACACUCCAAUCAUCAUCAGACCCAAUAGGCGAAUGACAAGAAUCUUAAUGGCAUCCCUACUUAUACCCUAUUGGCUACCGGAAGCACCGGCCAAUACAUUUUUAUAAGUACAACUGGAAUCAAAAUGUAUUUGUUCAUUAAUCAACUUAUUUCUAUUUUUACAUUUUUCCUUAUAAAUAUACAAUUCUUCCCAAGUAUUCAUUACAUAUCCUUUCUUACAAUUCUUUAAAAUAUCUAGACUAUCCUCAAUUUUUCCUAGUGAGUGGCCAUUUUGUAACAGGUGUUGUGCGACAUUUGAUCUUUCCGGUUUGUUGUUCCUCCAAGCAGAUAUGUGGUUUUUGAAGCGGUUAAUGAAGUUCACAGUCUGUCCAAUGUAGAAGUUAUCACAAUCGUUACAAUUGAUUUUAUAGAUGCCCGAAGCGUCGAAUUUGUUGAAAUUAGGGAUGGUCAAGUCUCGAAAUUUCGGGAAAUUUUCGGGAAAUUUUAAAUCUCGUUACACGAGACAAGAUUUCUUUUUGGCCGAGAUUUUUAUCGAGACGAGAAUAAAAAAAAAAAAAAAAAAAAUUAAAAACGCCUGCACAAAGUCAAUACCCGCAAUACAGGAGCGUGUUGUAGUUGCGUUUCCUUUGCGAAGGCGUUCUUAUUUAAUUAAUUCUUUAAAUGUAAAUAUUACUUUAAUUAUUUUAAUAAUAUUACUUUAAUAACAUUUGAGAAGUUUUUUUAAGUGUAAGCAGUGUGAGGAAUGUUUUAUUACUAUAAAAAGUCAAAACAAGUAACUAUUUUAUAAAAUGCAUUUCCCGUUGUGAAUGAGAAGGGAAAUCCCGUCUCGAUCUCGUCUCGAAAUUUUAUGAGAAAUAAAAAAUCUCGUCUCGUCUCGUCUCAAACUAAAAAUCCAAUCUCGUCCAUCCCUAGUUGAAACCUUCUAUUUUCGGAUGCAGUAUCUUACUCAUGGUGUUCUGAGUCAUGUAGGCUAUUGGAACUCCGUAUUUCUUGAAUCUGUUAGCAGUCCUUUGUGUUGUAGUCCCCGUGUAGCUAAAUGUGAUAUAUCUGGUGUUUUCCUCUUUUAUCUCUUCUAAUGUUGUUCUGCUGUGUAGUGUAUUCUGCCUUUCGAUUUUCCUCCUCGUCUUCCUUGCGAUGUCCUCUAUCGUCUUGGUUCGAAAUCCAUUAACUUGAGCGAUCUUCUUAAUGGUGUCCAGCUCUUUCUUCCUAUUGGCUUGGCUAAGUGGGAUCUUAUAGGCACGGUACAGCAUAGAUCUAAAGGCUGCGGUCUUAUGGAUUGUCGGAUGGAUAGACUUGCUGUUGAUUGUAGUGUCCGUUUGCGUAGGUUUCCUGUAGAUGUCAAACUCUAUCUUGCUGUCUUUUCUCUCUAAUGUGAGGUCCAGGAAGUUGAUCUUUUUGUUUUCUUCAAACUCGUUGGUAAAGGUGAGGUUUGGGUGGUGGCUGUUUAGUGUCUGCAUCAUCGUUUCGUGCUCUUGCUCCUGGGCUUGUCUGAAGAUAACAAGAAUGUCGUCUACAUAUCUAACAUACAGUUUUACAUCAUGAUUCUUUCUUAAAUUCUUUAACAUUUCUUUUUCCUGAUGCUGUAAAAAUAUUUCUGACAAAAUUGCCGAAAGUGGACUUCCCAUAGCUAAACCAUCUGUUUGUUCGUAAAAUCUAUUGUUAAAUCUAAAAUAAUUUUGUUUCAAAACAGUCACAAGCAAUUUUACAAUCUGAUUGACAUAUUCAUCGUCUAAACUAUUCUGUAAAAGCCUACAUUUAACAAGAUCUACAGUUUCAGAUACAGGUAUGUUGGUGUACAGAUUUGCGAUAUCAAAUGAGACUAGCCUACUUUUCGAAUUUAUAUCUAUGUUCUUUACACGUUCAACAAAUUCAUAACUAUUCUUUACAUUGUAUACAUAUUCUAAUUCUAAAUCAUUUCUGAGCUUACUUGCUAACAAUUUUGAAACAUUGUUUCUUGCUAACAAUUUUGAAACAUUGUUACUUGCUAACAAUUUUGAAACAUUGUUUCAAAAUUGUAAUAGGGUAUAAGUAGGGACGCCAUUAAGAUUCUUGUCAUUCGCCUAUUGGGUCUGAUGAUGAUUGGAGUGUCCAAUCGAAAUCAAUCACCACUUACCAUCUGUUUUGUAUAUUUACCGUCUUGUGAGUAGCAGUAUAAG